GAUAAGACACUUUAAAUCCAGAUAUGCAAUCAUCGAAUCACCAGCUUACUUAUUGCUAGCCUGCUAACGUUGAGUUAGCCGGCCAAACUUGGAAUACUGCCCCCCUCUUCACUUUAUGUGGGUUUCGCUUUGAGGCCUUAAGGAAAUUAUCCCCUUUUUGCCCCCACAGCCUUAAUGCAUCUCAACCUCUGAGUGGAAUUUAUAUUUUCUAAAUGACUUUGGAUAUUUCUGAAGCUUGAUAAGGCUGUGACAUACAAUUGGAGUACCUGGACUUUGUUUACUGGCCAUAAAAUAACGUGGAUUAUAAAGGACAUUUGGAAUAACGUUACACUUCAAAGAUGAUGUGUGAGGUGAUGCCCACUAUCAGCGAGGCUGAAGGGCCUGGUGGGGGAGGCGGCAGCGGUCGCCGGGGCUCUGGCUCCCCACUACAGUCAGAUUCGGAGGGUCACUUUGAGUCGCUGAUGGUGUCCAUGCUGGAGGAGAGAGAUCGUCUUCUCGAGACUCUGAGAGAGACUCAGGAGAAUCUGGGCCUGACUCAGGGCAAACUGCAUGAAGUUAGUCAUGAAAGGGACUCGCUGCAGAGACAACUGAACACUGCUUUGCCACAGGAGUUUGCUGCACUAACGAAGGAGGUGAAUGUGUGCCGGGAGCAGCUUCUGGAGAAAGAGGAGGAGAUUGCAGAGCUGAAGGCUGAGAGAAAUAACACACGGCUCUUGCUGGAGCACUUGGAGUGCCUGGUGUCUCGACACGAGCGCAGUCUGAGGAUGACGGUGGUGAAGAGACAGGCUCAGUCUCCAGCAGGUGUCUCAAGCGAGGUGGAGGUCCUCAAAGCCCUUAAGUCACUUUUUGAACACCACAAAGCCCUUGAUGAGAAGGUAAGGGAGCGACUUCGCGUUGCGUUGGAACGAUGCAGUGCAUUGGAGGAACAGCUCACCAUCUCACACAAAGAACUGGCUUACCUCAGGGAGCAGAGCAGUCAGAAGAGAGGGCUGGCAGAUGGAACCAGCGAGGUCAACCACAACUCUGAAAACACACCAAGCACUAAUGGCAAGCGGUCGUCGGAUGGUUCCCUUAGUCAAGAGGAGGAGUGUGGGCCUGGGUUUGGUAAAGUUGGCGAACUCCAGGAGGUAGUGGACCGUCAGUCUGCGGAUUUGGGCCAGAUGAAGGAACGCAUGGCUGCCAUGGCAUCACGCAUCAGUGAGCUGGAGGAGGACCUGGACACAGCCCGAAAGGACCUCAUUAAGUCCGAAGACAUGAACACACGGCUACAGAGAGACCUCAGAGAGUCAAUGGCUCAGAAGGAAGAUAUGGAGGAGAGGAUCACCACCUUAGAGAAGCGCUACCUGGCAGCUCAGCGGGAGGCUACCUCCGUCCAUGACCUCAACGACAAGCUGGAGAAUGAAGUGGCCAAUAAGGACUCCCUCUUCAGACAAACUGAGGACAGAAACCGACAACUACAGGAGAAACUGGAACUGGCUGAGCAGAAACUGCAGCAGACGAUCCGCAAGGCAGAGACUCUGCCUGAGGUGGAAGCUGAGCUCGCCCAGAGAGUCGCUGCCCUCACGAAGGCCGAGGAACGCCAUGGCAAUAUUGAGGAGAGGUUGAGGCAGCUGGAGGCCCAGCUGGAAGAGAAGCACCAGGAACUGCUCAGGGCACGACAGCGAGAGAAGAUGAAUGAGGAGCACAACAAGCGUCUGUCUGAAACUGUGGAUAAGCUCCUGUCAGAGUCCAACGAGAGACUCCAGCUUCAUCUCAAAGAGAGGAUGUCUGCUCUGGAGGAUAAGAAUGCCCUGAUCAGAGAACUGGAGCACACCAAGAAACUGAUUGAGGAAUCUCACCAUGAGAAGGAGCAGCUCCUCAUCCAAAUUGAGACAAUGAGGGCAGAAAAUGAGCAGGGUAGGAGCAGGAGCAACUCCUUACUACAUGGGCGGUCUCAGCUGGGCAGCACCCCAGAUUUCAGGUACCCAGUGUCGGCUUCAUCAAUGAUGGACAGUAACUCAGACCAUUACGGCAGCGCUCUUGUACUGAGGCGGCCUCAAAAGGGACGAGUGACAGCGCUCCGUGAUGAGCCAUCCAAGGUGCAGACUUUGAAUGAGCAGGAGUGGGAGCGCAUGCAACAGGCUAAUGUACUGGCAAACGUGGCCCAGGCCUUUGAGAGCGACAUGGACGCUUCAGACCUGGAGGAGGACCGAGAGACCAUUUUCAGCUCGGUGGACCUGCUGUCCCCUGCUGGCCAGGCUGACGCACAGACUCUUGCCUUAAUGCUGCAGGAACAACUGGAUGCUAUCAACAAUGAAAUUAGAAUGAUCCAGGAAGAGAAGGAGAGCACUGCGAUCCGAGCAGAGGAGAUUGAGGGUCGGGUGGGCAGCGGCGACAGCCUGGGAGGACGUUUCCGCUCCAUGAGCUCCAUCCCUCCAUCACUGUGUGCUGGGUCCUCACUGGGUAGCUCUCCACCUGGAUCUGGCCACUCGACCCCCCGACGAAUUCCCCGUAGCCCUAACAGAGAACUGGAUCGUAUGGGUGUCAUGACCUUGCCUAGUGACCUGCGCAAGCAUCGCAGGAAGUCUGCUCAGGAUGACAAGGCCACUAUCCGAUGUGAGACGUCACCCCCCACCACUCCACGCUCCAUGCGCCUGAACAGGGAGGCAGGACACACUGCCAGUCACGAGGACAUUAGAGACAUUCGAGGUCUGGCGAGCCUGCAGGACGGCCAGGGUAGUAACCCGAGCAGUAGCAACAGCAGCCAGGACUCUCUCAACAAAGCAGCCAAGAAGAAGAGUAUCAAGUCCUCCAUUGGACGCCUCUUUGGGAAGAAGGAGAAGGGCCGACCCAGCAUUCCUGGCAAGGACUCCCCCAGCCAAGCUGGCACUCCUGAGGCAGAGAGCUCUCCUAAGGAUGGUUUAGGAAUGGGCACCCUCGGGGGCCCUGCUGAGAAGAACAGGAAGCUGCAGAAGAAUCCAAAGACCGGGCAUGAAUUACUGGAAGAGGCUCGCAGGCAGGGCCUGCCAUUCGCCCAGUGGGAUGGACCAACUGUUGUGGUUUGGCUGGAGCUGUGGGUGGGCAUGCCAGCCUGGUAUGUGGCUGCAUGUCGUGCCAAUGUAAAAAGCGGAGCCAUCAUGUCGGCACUGUCAGAUACAGAGAUCCAAAGGGAAAUUGGAAUCAGUAACCCGUUACAUCGUCUGAAACUUCGCCUGGCGAUCCAGGAAAUCAUGUCUCUCACCAGUCCAUCUGCCCCGCCAACCUCGAGAACGACUACAGGAAACGUUUGGGUCACGCAUGAAGAGAUGGAAAGUUUGGCAGCCACACCUCCUACGGAGGAUGACGAGAGUAGCUGGGCCCAGACGUUGGCGUAUGGCGACAUGAACCACGAGUGGAUCGGUAAUGAGUGGCUGCCCAGCCUGGGUUUACCUCAGUACCGCUCCUACUUCAUGGAGUCCCUGGUGGACGCCCGAAUGCUUGACCACCUCACCAAGAAGGACCUUAGAGGACAGCUUAAAAUGGUGGACAGCUUCCACAGGAACAGUUUUCAGUGUGGUGUCAUGUGUCUGAGGAGGCUCAACUACGACCGGAAAGAGCUGGAGAGGAAGAGAGAGGAGUGUCAGCUAGAGCUCAAAGAUGUGCUGGUGUGGAGUAAUGAGCGUGUGAUCAGUUGGGUUCAGGCCAUCGGACUCAAAGAGUACAGUGGCAACCUUUAUGAGAGCGGAGUUCAUGGAGCACUGCUCGCCCUUGAUGAAACCUUCGAUCACAACACCCUGGCCUUGCUGCUGCAGAUCCCCACGCAGAACACACAGGCCAGAGCGACUCUGGAGCGUGAAUACAACAGUCUGCUGGCCAUUGGCACAGACAGGAGAAUGGAAGAGGAUGACGAUAAGAACUUCCGCCGAGCUCCCUCAUGGAGGAAGAAGUUCAGGCCCAAAGACAUGAGGGGGAUGUCCUUGGGGGCAUCGGAUACCCUCCCAGCCAACUUCAGAAUGACCAGUAGCGGCACAGCAUCUCCCUCCACGCAGCCAAAGAGGAGCCCGAUGGACGGAAGUCAGUCUAUACAGAGGUUGGACACUGCCACAGUCAGGACCUACUCUUGUUAACACACAACGUUUAUCCUCAUUAUUUCUAUAGGUAACCGCUGGUCAGAAGAUGAAGGGGAAUUCCCCGCAUUCAAGACCAGGAUGAUGAACUGAAAUGACUUGCAAGGACACUAACAAAAGAUGUUUUUUUUGUUGUUGUCAUCACAGAGAAAGACUUUACUCACCAAUCUCAGUAUCCCUAGAGGAAACUUUCUAGAUUUAUCUACAUUUGUUAUUAUAUUUAUGUAAACCAGUGGGACAUUUAAAUGAUUUUAGAAUUACUAUGUAACCCCUAUGUUGCCUGUGUCCCCUUUAAUCAACCCACUUUUUAAAAACUUUUCUCCACUGUGCCCGCAUUAAGCUCAGCUCUCAGAUGUAUGUAACUGAAUGUCUCAGCUGUCUGGAGUUUGUAUAUUUCUACCAACAGACAUUUUAUCUAAUCUUUUUUAUAAUCCUGAUUCUAUUGACCAGAUGUAUGUUUUGUUUUUCUCGCUUUGAUUUGAAUUCUAAUCAUUGAAUUUAUGCUUAAGUGACUUUAAUAUGUGAUAUAACUUAAUUCAUAUCCUCUGCCCUUUUUAACUGUUGUAAUAUUUUUUGUUUUGUAGCUUAUUACCUGUGAUUUUUGUGUAAAUGCAGCUCUUAGGUCAACGGAUGUGUGAAUAUCAAACAAAAUUGCUGGA